CAAAUGAAUCAGAAUGAGGAUCCAUAACCCGGUGGCACGGAGCGUUCAAAUUCAAACUCAAUUGGCCGUUAACGGCAAUCUCCGACAAAAACUGCUCACAACCUGCGGCGGUGUCGACUGCGCCGCCUUUGGCGCCGCCAUUCAGCACUGCACCAGCCACCGCCUCAUCCGGCAGGCUAAGCAGCUCCACGCUCGCCUAUUCCUGUUCUCCGUCACACCCCAUAACUUCCUCGCCUCGAAGCUCAUCAUCUGCUACGCCAGGUCCAAUCACGCGCGCGAAGCGCGCAAGGUGUUCGACGCGAUUCCCCACAAAAAUUCCUUCUCCUGGAACGCCAUGCUCAUGGGCUACUCCUUCAACGGCAUGUACCGUGACGCGCUUAACCUGUUUUCGUCGUUCGCCUCUUCCACCAACACCAACGUCUCUCCCGAUAACUACACCGCUACAUGCGUCUUGAAGAUUCUGGCUUCCUCUUUCUGGAUCCCCAAAUUGACAAAAGAGGUUCACUGUUUCGUUCUUCGACGUGGGUUGGACUCUGAUAUUUUCGUUCUCAAUGCAUUGGUCACGUGUUACUGCAGAAGCGAUGAAAUUGAACUUGCGCGCAAAGUGUUCGACGGAAUGGCUGAGAGGGAUAUCGUGACUUGGAACUCUAUGAUUGCUGGGUAUUCUCAGAGUGGGUUCUAUGAUAAGUGUAAGGGUUUGUACUUGGAGAUGUUGAAUGUUGCGGGACUUGUACCCAAUGGGGUUACCAUAGUGAGCGUGAUGCAGGCGUGUGGACAGUCUAAGGAUCUUCUGUUCGGAAUGGAAGUUCACCGUUUUGUGAACGAGAAUGGAGUUGAGGUUGAUGUUUCGCUUUGUAAUGCGGUGAUUGCUAUGUAUGCGAAAUGUGGUAGUUUGGAGUAUGCCCGAGAGUUGUUUGAGGAAAUGAGUGAGAAGGAUGAUGUUACUUAUGGGUCGAUUAUUUCGGGCUAUAUGGUUUAUGGGUUCGUGGAUGAAGCAAUGACUAUUUUUCAUGGAAUGGAAAACCCUGGAUUGAGUACCUGGAAUACUGUGAUUUCUGGUAUGGUUCAGAAUGACCGGUAUAAAGGAGUCUUUGAUUUGGUUCGAGAAAUGCAGAGUUCUGGUUUGAAACUCAAUGCUUUCUCACUUGCUAGUGCUCUUCCUUUGUUUUCUCACUUCUCAAACCUGCGAGGAGUGAAAGAGGUGCAUGCCUAUGCUAUUAGAAGUGGUUAUGAUCAAAAUAUCAUUGUGGAAACUGCCAUUAUUGAUACUUAUGCAAAGUUGGGGUUUAUUCAUGGGGCACAACAGGUUUUUGAUCAAUCACGGAAUAGGAGCUUAAUCAUUUGGACAGCAAUUAUAUCCGCCAAUGCUAUUCAUGGAGAUGCUGAUUUGGCACUUGGUCUUUAUACUCAGAUGCUAGAUAAUGGAAUUCAACCUGAUCCAGUGACAUUAACUGCUGUAUUGACAGCUUGUGCUCAUUCUGGAUUGGUUGAUGAAGCUUGGGAUAUCUGGAAUGCGAUGCCCUUGAAAUAUAGUAUUCAACCCUUGGUGGAGCAUUAUGCUUGCAUGGUGGCUGUUCUGAGUCGAGCUGGAAAGCUCUCAGAAGCAGCUCAAUUCAUUUCUGAUAUGCCAAUUGAACCAAGUGCUAAAGUUUGGGGUGCUUUGAUACAUGGGGCUUCCAUAUAUGAUGAUGUUGAAAUUGGCAAGCUUGCUUAUGAUCAUUUGAUUGAGAUUGAGCCUGAAAAUACUGGGAAUUACAUGAUUAUGACCAACUUAUAUUCACAGGCUGGAAGAUGGGAAGAAGCUGAGAAGGUUAGGAUAAAGUUGAAAGAAAUUGGGUUGCAGAAGAUCCGUGGGUGUAGCUGGAUUGAAACGAGUGUAGGGUUACUAAGUUUCAUUGCCAAGGAUUUGUCAAAUGGAAGAUCUGAUGAAAUAUAUGCAUUGCUGGAAGGAUUGCUUUGUGUGAUGAGGGAAGAAGGAUAUAUUUUACAGGAAGAGUUAGAUUAUGAGAAUGUUUAGUUAAUAACUGACAUGCGGUAAUUUAAACUGAAACAUGUCACUCGCUCUUUUAUGGCCGGAACAGCAAAAGAUCACACAAAUUUUCAGGUACGGAAACUAGAUAGCUCCUGUACUCACAAAAUUAUCAAGCUUUACUGCGUGCAAAAGGUUAGGAAUGAUCUCUCCUUUUUUAUUGAGUGUCAAUAGAAAAUUUAUGCAUGCUGAUUACUGAUUUUUCACCUAAGAAGAUAGUUUGGGCCUAGAAACACCGGGCUACAAGGGAGUAUGUAAUCAUUUGUCGGUUGGGUGAUGAAGGACGUAGAUUUUAUGAACAUCUGCUGGGUUCUACAGUCAAGAUAUGGCUCCUUGAGAUGGAUAUACCAUCUUAUUUGAGGUUAAUUUGCCAGUUUCCUUCUACAAGUAGCUUGAUUGAUUGUUCGGCAAACUACAUUGUGAUCGUAUUUUGUGAACUUAGGUAGGAUCCCCGAAUUUCAGGACGAAUACUUUAUUUUUUUUCUUUUUUUUACCCUUCAAAUUUAUGGCGCGAAGGUUGAUACGGUGUGGAAGGACGAGAUGGGGGCCUAAUAUUUUGUGAAAAGCUAGAACAAAAGGGACACUUUCUGUUGAAAAUGGCUCCACGUAUAGGAUUUAUUGGGAGAUCACCAAAUCGGUGAGAUGAGACUUUGGAAUGCAUUGAGCAUUGAUUUUGACAAAGCCAGUUGUAAUUUAACCCAGGAAGCAUAAUUGUUUCAUUUUUAUUCUUUUUUUGUAGGGCUUGUCUCGCAUCCACCUUUUUCUUUUUACUUCUUUACCCCUUUCUUGUCUCGAAAAUAGUUUUCUUGCUAAUAAAGCAUCCCAU